ACAACAACUGAUAUUGUUUCACGUGUUUGCUUAAAUUACGAAGUUUUCGUCACAGUGAUAGUCUUAGUUCAGCUAUACGUUGCAGUUAAUAAUAACAACAACACAUCAAACAUGGGGAAACCAAGAGUGAUCAAGAAGAAGAAGGUCUGGGAGGGUGUGGACAGGGCAGGACACAGUAUGAACCCAGAUCGCGAGAGGGGAAAAAAUACAAACUUGAGGGACCGGUCCACUAUCAACAGAAUAAAAAUGUACAAGAACUUCAAGGCGAAGCGUGAUGCAGCUGGCAAAAUCACUCAGCCUGCUCCCUUUCAGUCUUGGUUACCUUCCGGAACGGUUGCAAGAGUUGAGCCGAACAGAAAGUGGUUCGGAAAUACCAGAGUCAUUACUCAGAAUGCCCUGCAGACUUUUCAGGAUGAAAUGGAAAAGGUCAAGAAAGAUCCUUACAAAUUUGUAAUGCGGCAAACAAAGUUGCCCAUUUCUUUACUGAAUGAGACAGCUAAGCAGGCCAGAGUACAUGUACUUGAUACAGAAUCAUUUGAAUCCACAUUCGGAAAAAAGAAAACUAGAAAGCGACCAAAUUUGAAAGUGUCUGACAUGCUAGCGUUUGCAGAACAUGUGCAGAAAGCUGAAGAGACAUACAAACAAGAUGAUGACAGAGAUCUUGCAAGAGAUGAACCAGAUUAUAAAGUGGAAGCGCAAGAAAUGGUUUUCAAAGCUGGACAGUCAAAAAGAAUCUGGAAUGAACUUCACAAAGUAAUAGAUUCUUCAGACGUGUUGAUCAAUGUUCUGGAUGCUAGAGAUCCGCUAGGCACCAGAUGCUAUCAGGUAGAAGAAUUCUUGAAGAAAGAAAAGCCCCACAAACACAUUAUUUUCUUGCUUAACAAGGUUGACCUGGUCCCAGUUUGGGUAACGCAAAAAUGGGUUGCAAUUUUGUCGGCUGUCCAACCCACUAUUGCCUUUCAUGCUAGCAUGAUGAAUCCAUUUGGCAAAGGAGCAAUGAUUAACCUUCUAAGACAGUUUUCAAAGCUUCAUUCUGAUAAGCGACAGAUCAGUGUUGGUUUAAUCGGAUACCCGAACGUCGGCAAAAGUUCGGUCAUCAACACACUACGUGCCAAGAAAGUAUGCAAGGUGGCCCCCAUUGCAGGUGAAACAAAGGUCUGGCAGUAUGUUACUUUAAUGAAGAGGAUCUACUUGGUUGAUUGUCCUGGGGUUGUCUACCCCACUGGCUCCACUCCCACAGACUGUGUUCUAAAAGGUGUGGUUCGUAUUGAGAACAUUAAGACUCCAGAAGAUUAUGUCGAGGCCAUGCUUCAGAGAGCCAAGAAAGAGUACAUUCAGAAAACAUACAGUAUAAUGGAAUGGACAGACCAUGAAGAUUUCUUGACACAGUUUGCCAAGAAGUCAGGAAAGCUGCUAAAAGGGGGUGAUGCAGACAUAAGCACAGCAGCAAAAAUGGUCCUGAAUGAUUGGCAGAGAGGGUGUAUUCCAUACUUUGUAAGACCACCUGGCUCUGAAAAUGAGGUUGAAACUGAAAAGGGAAAAGAAAUGCAAGCCACUGAGAGUGUUGUUGCUGAGAUGAAAGAAUCAGUGGAGGAAAAUGUCAAAAAUGAAGAGCAAAAAGAUUCUAAUGUGAAAACAAAAACUGUGCCAAAAGUACUGCAAGAUUUUAAUAAGAUCAGAGUUGAACCAAAAUUUACUGGAGAAGAUGCUAAGAAAGUCAAUUUUGAUAAUGUUGUGGAAGACUCAGAUGAAAACGAAUCAGAUGAGGAAUCUAUUGAUGAGGUAGAUGAAGAAAAUGACAGUGCAGCCAGUUAUGAUAACGCUGAUGAAAAUGAAGAAGGCAAAGAGGAGGAGGACGAUGAAGACAUUGAUGAUGAGGAUGACAAAAAUUUAGUAGAAAAAGAAAUUUUAAGUCUUAGUUCAGGCAAGAAAAUAAAAAAAACGAAAGUACAUUUUUCUGAUAUGGAUGGAAAGAAAGCCAAAAAUGGACGAUCUGUUCCUAGGAAACAUGGUGGUCAAAGGCAAAAUGACACAGUGAAAAAUUCAACUGAUGUUGAAGUUGUUGAUGUGCAGUGCACAGCAAAGGAAGCUAAGAAGUUUGCAAUGAUGUCACCACAUGAGGACCCUAUUCAGCAGACCAACUUCGUGAAACGGCUGCAAGAACUAAAUGCGGGAAAAUUCAGACAACCCAAGAAGUCUAACAUGACAGUGUUCUCUGUCAAAGAGAGCCAACAUGUGGCUUGUGUGGAAGCGAAACCAGGCGGAUCUGGAUUAGGGAGUCAAACAAGCGGCAAGCAAAAAACUCCAGGAGCACUUGAAAAGUCUGAGAAGAGGAACCUAAAACGCAAAGGAGACGAUAUAGAGGAGGACGACGAUGACCGAUUCAAAGCUGAACCAAAGUUGACUAGCAAGCAGCGAAGACGAAUUGAUCGAGAGAAUAAGGUGAAGAAGAUUGGGCAGCAUUUCUAUGCAACAGCAAAUGUGAAGAACAGGAGUUCCAGAAAAUAAAUGAUUUUGUAAAACAUUUUAAUUUGAGGAGAUUUUUACAUGGUAAUUGAUUCUUCUUUAUAUUUGAUUUACAACCAAAAUAUCGGUUUUAAUGCAUUUUUUGUGAACAGUUAUGGAAUGAAAAUGUUGCUGAGGUUAUAUUCAUGUAACAGAUGUACCUGUAGUAAAUUUUGUUUUCUUGUAAAUUUAAUGUAUCGAAUGAAAAUUUAAAUGGAAAAAUAUCUGAUAAGAGAAUUCUUGUUUUUUCCACACAUUUUAUUUCAAGAUAUUAAACAAAAAUAUAUAUUAUAAUUAUGUACAUUAACACAAUAAUGUAAUGCAAUGAGAUAUGAAAAACAACAACAUGAAACACAUCCAAGUAUAUCUGUAUAACAGAAAUCAAUGACUAAGUUUCUACAAAAGCAUCUGGGUGUAGAUUUCAUAUAUGAACUAUUCUCCUAAGAAUGGCAAUAUUUCUCUUGUUAAUAUAAAUGAGUUUCAAGCAAGAGGCUAUCUUUAGGUAACAUAACAUUAUAAUACAGGACAAGAUAUGCUUUUCAUAAACAGACCUUUAUAGUUUACUUACGUAGUGUGAAGUGAAAGGAAAGCUUUACUUUUUAAAAUACAAUUUUUUUUACAUCGUGGACUCAGGUUAAGACUAAAAGUGUAAUGCAAUAAUUGUUAAUGAUUUGCAUGUUAUUUCGUGUUUGAAAAACUUAAAAAUAUAUAUAUAAUAUUAUAUUAUAUAUAUAUAUAAUAAAGUGUGUAUAGACAGAACAAGUAUGUAUCAAACAUAAGUACUGAUGAACAAGGCAUAGAGAAACAAAAAUAAUAGAUGCAUAGAAAAUGUGACUGAUGGGGCCUUCACAUAUUUUGUUUAAACAUCGGUACACUAUAAUUAAUAUUUGUAAAAAGUUGUAAAGAAAGUAACAAUAACGAUCGACUAAUUUAAAUUCUAAGUUUGUGAGACAAUAGCAUAAAACAAUUCCCAUUCACUGUCAAAGGAUUCUAAAUUAUUUUUUGUAAUUGAAAAAUGAUAUUUCUUUCAAAUAAUCAUACUAAUAUUUUAUGUAUUUCUUGGCUCCUGUUAAGCUUGGAAUGAAUUUAUUCAUUAAACACUUGUAUAAGUAAAGCUUAAUCAACACAACAUUAUAUAGCUCUAGCAGGUUUUAGUGAAUAUCCAAAGAAAAUGGUCCUAUUAAUGAAAGGAUAAGAAUGUUCUGGCAACCUUUCAUCAAUAAUUGCUUAAAAUUUACAUUGCGCUUAUAAAAUGUUCUCAAUUUUCCUCACUGUCGCAAAAAGAACAUAAUGAAUCAUCAGUAAUUUUCAUUUUAUUUGAAAGACUAUUUCUUACAAGUAUACAAGAACCACUGAACCUUAACGUCUUUGGUUAUUAAAAAGGGGAUCUCCAAUAUGCCAUUCCAUUCUUUAUUAAUUAUGGUAUUGAAUUAUGUACCCCAUUUUGCUUUAACAGUUGGUUCAUUAGUUCUUCAUUAUUUCUUAUUUAUAAUAUUGUAGUCUUGUUACACCAAAUGUAUAAGUAUAAGAUGUAAUAAUUGAGGUAAAAAGGGUUUGUGAAUGUGUUCUGUAGAAAAAUAUGUACAUUAUUUUUUCACAAAUUUAUCUAUUGCUCUUAUUAAUAAGAGAAUUGCUUAUAAUGGUUAACUGAAGUGAUGUUAUGAAGUUUGUAUAAACGCAUUGAAUAAACUUUGUGUUCAACAUUAUUAAUUUUCAAGGGAAGACUGACAGAAUUUAAAUUAUCUGUGGACAAUAAUUAAUAUUUUUUUAAACAGUUUAUUUUGUUAAUGGUAUAUUAAAGCUUGACAAGUUUA